AUGAAGUUCCUUCCACUCCUGCUUGUCCCAGCCCUUGUGGCGGCCCAGGACAUCACCAUUGCCAAUGUCGUCACACUCGGCUUCGACGGUUUCCAAACAUAUAUUGGACCCGGAACCUCUGUCAAAGACCGGACGAAGAAUUGCCAAAUCCACCUGACGCUCAGCUACCCAGCCGGCUACUCCUUCGCAGUCAUCGACAGCACCUACCACGGGUACGCCCAGCUCGAGGCCGGGGUCACGGGCACCUUCUUCAGCCAGUACUACUUCAGCUCGGACGCCUCCAAGACCUGCACCACGCAGUCCUCCAUCACCGGCGGCGGCAUCUGGGCGGACGGCCAGGUCUACACCAAGGAGGACGUGGUCCCCUCGCCCAACUACGUCAAGUCCAAGUGCGGGACGACCGAGAUCCUCAACGUCAACAACCGCGUCGCGCUGAGCUCGACGAACACCAAUGCCUUUGGCCAGCUCACUGACGACGACGCCACCGUCGACGUGAGCCAGCAGGUCCAUAUCAAAUGGUUUACUUGCUGA